CUGCUGCUCCUCAAAAACUUUGGCUGGUUUUUGUUGAGGAAAAGUUUUCUCGUCACGAAUUCUUAUCUACACCAUGGCGUUCACUCUUGCGGCUUUUUCGUACAUCUGCGCCCUCGUCCUGGACGCUUUCCUCAUCUUCUUUUCUAUAUUCCACAUCAUUGCGUUCGACGAGCUCAAGACGGAUUACAAAAAUCCCAUUGAUCAGUGCAGCAGUUUGAAUCCGCUAGUGUUACCUGAAUAUUUCAUCCAUAUAUUCUUCAAUUUAAUGUUUCUCUUUGCUGGAGAGUGGUUCACCCUCAUGUUCAAUAUUCCUUUGAUUGCCUACCAUAUUCAUCGAUACUUAAACAGACCUGUUAUGUCUGGGGCUGGUUUAUAUGACCCAACAAACAUCAUGAAUCAAGAUGUACUAUCCAAAUGUCAACGGGAAGGCUGGAUUAAGUUGGCCUUCUACUUAUUAUCUUUCUUCUUUUACCUCUACGGGAUGAUCCGUUCGCUUAUUUCCUCAUGAACGUCACGAGCUAUGGCGGGGACCAUCCCAACUCUUUAGCUAAAAGUCCUAAUAAGUUUGUUACUGGAUCACCGACAAUUCUACGUUUGUUUGAGUUACUUGAUCAAUUUCCUUUUGCUACUUAGGUUGUUCGAUUUUCUUCGCCCUACGGCGUCAGCGAAAUGUUGUUGACUGUCUAAUCAUUUUUGAUUUGUGUGUUUCUGCUGGUGUUUCACACCACCCUUAAUAAUAAACUUCAUUUGACAGA